UACAUAGAGAUAGUCAUGUUUAAGCCACUGACUGUGCGAUGCGGCGAAAGCUCAACCUUUUCUGAUGCGGUUUGGGGAAGCUACAUUGUAAAUACAUCUGUAUAUAUAGCGGAGAUGAGCACACAGGUCCGUUCCGGAGGUGGUGGUGGUGGCCGCACCAAGUCCAAGGCCGGCAAGGAGAACAAAGAGAAUGCCGGCGGUGAAACCGACGACCAGAAGCAGCAGCAGCAACAGUUGCAGCCGAAGGGCGGUAAGGCCACCAACAACAAUUCGGAUGGCGGCACCGGUGGCGACAAGCCACAGAAGGGCGGCAAGGGCACAGAUAACAACAGCAGCGGCGGCGGUGGCUCCAAAGGACAGCAGGACAAGCAGCACCAGCAGCAGACGACCACACACACCAUCAAGACAAAGCAGCCGACGGCCGAACAGAUUCGCAUUGCUCAAAUCACAGACAUCAAAAGCGGCAUGGACGAUCCGAAGAUCCAGGAGAAGAUCCAGAAGCUGAUGGAGACAACGCAACGUUCGGAGGAGGAUGUUUGCUGCGCCUUGCAGGAGUGUGACAACGAUCUGGACCGAGCGGUCAUCUUUCUGCUCGAGACACUUCCGGUCGGGGCGUUUGCCACAACGUCCAAGAAGAAGAAGAAUAAAUCGCAGAACAAGGAGCAGAACGAGUCCGCUCCGGGUGAUGGCGAUUGGGACAAUGUUGGCGGCAACGCUGGUUCAGGUUCCGGCGGUGGUGGCGGUAUGAACUCGAACGAUUCGAAGGAUCGCCGUGGCCCCCGUACGGGUGGACCCGGAGGUCAGCGUCUCGCCGGAGGUCCUGGUGGUGCGGGCGGUCCUGGUGGUCGUGGAGGUCGUGGCAGUUUCCGUGAUGGAGAUCGUGGCGGUGAUCGUAACGGUUUCGAUCGGGGCGCACGUGGCCCGCGUGGUCCUCCGCGGGAUGGUCGCGACAAUGGUCCGGGACGUGGCAGUUACGCUGGUGGUUCGCGAGGUGGACGCGGUGGAGGUCCUCGGGUCGGAACUCGUGGUCCCGGUCCGCGGGAUCAAAACCGGGGACCACGAAUGAACGACCACCAGGAGAUUGACGCCUGGGAUCCGGUGUCGACGCCCAGUGCCGCCAAUGAUCUCACCAAGCCGGAGGAAACGUCUGCAUUCACCGACACCUGGGGAGACUGGGACAACGAGGAGUACACCGGGUCGUUGUCGGAUACCAAAGUUUUCACACCGAGUACGCAGGCGGCCGGUACGACGCAGCCAGCGCAGCAGCAGCCGCAACAGCAGCAGGCAGCCUCCCAGCUGCCGUCUACGCAAUCUCAGCAGCAGUCGCAGCCGCAGCAGCCUCAGACGGCGGCAGCAGUCGUGGCCGCCUCGCAGCAGCCUGUCGCGGUCGUUCCGGCUUCGGUGACGAAUCCUACGGAACUGUCUGCCCCACCGGGUUUGGAACAGCAAAUUCUGAAUCCACCCCAGCCGAAAGAGACUGAUCUGGUGCAACAGUACAGCACCACCGUCGUGUCCAGCACGGCGACGGCGGCAGCUGCUGCCAGCAACACGGUUCAGUAUCCGGAUCUCCACCCAACGCCAACUGCGGCGCAGCAUCUGCGACAGGCGCUGGAGAUCCCGCAGAUCAACCCGUCGGCGUCGCUCUCCGCGGAACAAUCACAGUAUUUCAAUACACUAUCUUCGCAGAAUUCCAAUCUCCAGGCGAGUGUUGUCAACUCGUUCCAACCGAGCACCGUGCAAUAUCCCACCACGUACGGUACGACCAGCAGCUACAGUGACCAGGUUACAGGUUCCUCCCAGCAGCCUCCGGUUCGACGGCAGCGGGCGCGAGUUCCACCGCCGUCGAAGAUUCCGUCAAGUGCCGUCGAAAUGCCGGGAGACAGCCUCAACAACAUUGGCUAUCUGGACGUGCAGUUCGGUGGUCUCGACUUUGGCACGGACGAUUCGUUCGAUAGCGUGUCGGCCGUUACGGACAAGUUCAGCACCAGCAGUCUGGAGCAGAACACGUCCGCGUCGGUGCAGCUUCCGUCGGCGGUCCAACCCACCGUCGUCCAGCAGCCGGAUGUCAGCGACUACCAGAGCAAGUCUGCGGCCAGCGUCGUCAACAACCUGCAGCCCAAGUCCAAUCUCACCAGCAGCUUACAGAGCACGCAGAUUUUGCCCGGUCAAAGCGAUUCGCUGUCGGCGUCCCAGAACGACAGCCUGUCCAGCAGUUACUCGCAGCGUAACGCCUCCACCGUUGUUCCUUCGUCCGUGAGUGCUGGGGUGAACGUCAACUCCAUCAACAGCACCACGUCAACGCUAGAACAACUCACCAAGACUGAUCCCUAUAGUCAGUCCACCGGAACGAACGCAGGUUCUGGCGGAUAUCAAAACGUCUCGUACUCCACCUCGUCGCAGGCGAACAAAACAUCCUCGUAUCCAUCGUCGGCUGCGCCGCAAGGAUACAACAACUCCAGCUAUUCUAGCACACAGGUGUCCACCAACACGUAUCCCGCAUCGUCCAACAACUACAGCUCGUACAACCAGAGUGGCGUCAACUCGUACCAGCAGCCCAGCAGCAACGUGUCGAGCAGUGUCGUGCCCAACAACAACUCGAGCAGUUCGGUGGGUGUGUCCACGGUGAACCAGUCCAGCCCGAACCUGCCCGUCAACAACAACAAUGUUAGCAGUAACAGUUCGAACACCAACACCGGCUACCUGUCGAGCCAGUACCCGGUCAGUCAGACGUCGUCGGCCUUCCCGUCGCAGCAGAGCUACCAAAACAGCUCGCAGAACGUGUACGGAAACUCGGGACUCAACAGUAAUACCGGCUACUCUGGCAGUACGAGCACCUCCUCCGGACAGUACAGUAACUUUAGCAGUUCGAAGCUAAAGGACACGCCCGUGUCGACGCAGUUUGAAAGUGUGGCCUCCAGCACGGCGGUUUCGAACCAGCAGAACCAGAACAGCGCCAACAACAACAACAGCAACAGCGUGUCGAGUUCGUCAUCGUUGCCCAACAACAACAACAGCUCCGUAGUAUCCACGACAACUAAAUCGGGCAGUGGCGGUGCGGGUAGUGGUAGCGGUAGUGGCACUGGAACCGGUGGUGUUGUGCCCAACAUACCGAUGGUCAGCCCGUACAUUCAGCCGGGCGUGCCGUUCUACCAGCAGCCCGUUUACUCUUACGAAGAGCUGCAAAUGAUUCAGCAGCGUAUGUCACAUGUGCCUGGAUACUACGAUAUGAACUACCAAACGCCGACGAGUCUCGGUGCGGCCGGUGUGCGCGACGCUAACCUCGGUUCCGUCGCGUACUCGACCAUGUCCGAUGGUCGGUUCACUCGGACCGACAACAACUCGUCUCCUGUUAGUAACGUCCCAAGUACCAUGUCACAACAAACAGGGUCUGGUGGUCCUAUGUUGAACCUGCCAUACGCUUAUUUUUACGGCGGUAAUGUGAUGCCCGGCGGCUUCCAAUAUGGCACCCCAGCAAUAUAUCCUCAACAAAUGGCGACGAAUGCGACGUCGGGAGGACAGUUCCAGAAACCGGCGUACAACAGUGGCUACGGAACAAGUGGAUAUGACACGCUGAGCCAAACCGGCGGCCAGGAUUACAACAAAAACCCGUACCCGUCGUCGGGCGGCGUUGGCCAACAGUCCAAGGGACAGACUGUCUCCAAUCCACAAUCGGCGGGAGGAAGUGGCUCUGAUAUUGCGCCCUCGAUGUAUGGCAAAAGCCAUGUUGCGCUAAAUAAAGUCAAUUCGUACGAGAAACAAUCGUUUCACUCUGGCACACCGCCCCCCUACAACAUAGCCGGAACACAGACUGCGGGUGCGACGUCCGGCCAGCCCUACGGACAGCAUCUCUAUAUUCCGACGAUACCGACGCACCACAACAUCAACAUGCAUCAGGCAAUGCAUCAGAUGGACAAUAGAAGUUUUAAUAGUGGUAGUGGUGUGAUGAGGGAUUCCAACAGCAGUGGUCAAAGACCACAAUCGAACAGUCAGGGCAAGACUGCAACUAAGCAAGGCUAUUCACCGUCUACUUAUUGGACUGCGCAGAACUAAAUACAUGUCUACAUUAAAAUUAACACUAAAAACCACACCCCAAAACACACAGCUCGUGUACUGUAUUUGAAGCGUAAUUUGAAGAGUAUGCUGCGGCGAAGCGAGCGCGGAACAAAGCUAAAACAAAAGAAAAACUCUGUGUCAAGCAGGUACAACAUCCGAACACACACACACAUAUACAUACCCCCUCUUCAACAUCCCAAAAACCAAAAUUCAUAGACACAGACACACACACAGAGGCGAACGGCGACCGGUUGAGCCAAACACAUCCACACAUUCAAAACUUUCUUCAGACCACAAAUUUUACCCCUCAAAAAAAAAGUCAGCAGCAGCAGCACGUUCUCGCGGAUUGGGAGAUUGAUUGGACGAUGUUAGAAAGAUGGCAAAAGGGAAUAUUUCUGAAAAACUAAGCGAAAAAAGAUCUACUUAAGAGUAAAAGCUGAAGUCGAAUGAAUUAAAAUUUACAACACUUAACUUAUUUAAAUUUAGAACAAAAAACAACGUCAUUGAAUGAAUUUCAUAAGAACCACCCCCGCAAAAACAAAAAUCAUUAACAAACAACACGCAAACUAUCCUUCAUCAGCUGCAACAGUGAGUAUUGUCAGUUUUCGUUUAAUUUUUAAUAAAAAUGAGGAAGUCUUCUUUUUUUAAACUCUUUUUUACGUUACUCUGGUCGAAAACCGUUCGGAAGGGCAGGGAGGGACUAAACUUUUUUUUUGUAAGGGAAUAAGCAAAAAUGAGUAAAGCAAACUACACAAUAGAGAGCGGUCAAAAAAGAAAGCUAUGCUGAAACAAAAGGAAAUAGUAUACAAAGAAGGCUCGCGCGCGCGCGUUCGCGAAUGCAACAAGAAAGAAAGAACACACCACACACACACACACAUAAAAUAAUAAAAAUGUUCUGUAAUAAUUUAAUUUAAAUGUAGAAACGAAAUUUCUAAUAUACCUGUAAACAUUU